GUAGAUUCUGUUCAAUUUUGUUAUUCAUUUAAAAAAACUGAAUUAACAUAGCAGAACUGUGACAGAAACCAGUUGCACGACAGGUUCAGAGAUAAUUAACUGCGGUCUAACUGGCAAGACCACAUUGCGUACACCAGAAAUGCAAGCAUUUUCUUGUGACAAUGCACGGCGUGUUGUGCACGAUUUCUAGCCGCUCUGCUCGCUGUGGGAGUAUCCGGAGCUGAGCGCUGCGGCUCACCUCCUCCGUGUUCGCGUUUCCCUCGCUCUCUGGUGCGUCGUGUCCUCUGGCGGGAGCCGUCCUCUGCUGGAAGUCCGGACUCAGGCGGCGGCCGCUGAGUGAAGCGCUUCUCUCCUCCUCCUCCUUCUCCUCCUCCUCCUCCUUCUCCUCCUUCCCCCCCACCCGCCCGGGCUCUCCGCCCGCACCCUCCUCAGACGCCCGGGACUACUCGCAACCACUGCCCGACCGGCUGAGAAGCGGUUGAAGAGCGAGGCCGGCGGCAGGCAGUGAUAAUGUAUUUAUUGAUAUCCUGAUUUCUGAAUGGGAAAGAUGCGUGGAGAUCCUGCAGAUAUCAGAUGAUUUCCCACUUGUGCAAGUCUGGUUCUUUGAAGGCAAAUGGUACCCUAGGAGAUCAUCAUCAACUGCUUUCUGGAGUUCAGACGGAGCCUUUCGAAUCAUAUUACAUGUGUAAAUCACUGCGUUAUUGUGUGAGCCACUGUCUUUAUGCAGUAAUGACUAAGGUGGAGGAACUUAACAAAGAAGCAAAUAUGCAUUCCUCAAUUCGAUAUCUUGGCUACCUGGCAGAUAUGAGCUUGCUGGUAGCCAUUUGUCUGGGCCUAUAUGUCCGAUGGGAGAAAACAGAAAAUAUAUUAUUGCUGGUCAUAUUCAUCCUUGGACUUUUUGUGCUUGGUAUUGCUAGCAUACUAUACUAUUACUUCUCCAUGGAAACAGCAAGUUUGAGCCUGUCGCAUCUCUGGUUUGGAUUUUUGCUUGGCCUUCUCUGUUUUAUAGAUGAUUCUAAAUUUAAGACGGAUGUGAAAGAAGAAGCUACGAAAUACUUAUUACUGGCUAGCAUUUUGAUAAGAACUUUGUGGUCUGUAGUUGAGCGAAUUUGUGGAUGUGUCCGACACCAACCUGCCCUGUUAACAUCAGCAGAAUUUCUGGAACUAAUUGGAUUUGCCAUAGCCAGUACAGCCAUGUUGAUGCCCAACUGUUUGAGUGUUGUUUUGCUUGUUUUUGCAUUGUCUAUGUUAAUUGUUGAUCUGCGAAUGAAGUCUAUUUUGGCUGUUCCAAACUUGAUAGCAUUUGCACUGAUUACAUCCCUGCUGUUUUUUCCAUCUUUGAAAAUUAGCACUAAUCCCUUUGCCUUGGCUUGUUAUUUCAGCCGUCUGAUUUGUGUCCCACUCCUUGAUCUUUACUUCAGUGGUCUAUCUGUUACUGAACGGUGGAAGCCUUAUCUGUAUGGCCGGACACUCUGCAGAAGAAUUUCUAUACUUCCUGUAGCAUCCAUUGAGCUAAUAUUCUUUGUUCUUGCUGCAUUUAAACUGAAUAAUUUAGACCAUUGGUAUUUUCUAAUACCAGGAUUUUCUAUUUUUGGAAUCUUUUGGCUGAUCUGCCAUGUAAUUUUUCUCAUAACUUUCUGGGGUUUUCACACCAAACUCAGUGAUUGUCAAAAAAUCUACUACACUCAUAGAAUAGAUAAUAAGAGCCUGGACUGUGUUAUGGCAUCCAAAGGAAUGCGUCAUUUUUGCUUGAUUUCUGAGCGGUUAGUGUUUUUCAGCUUGUUAUCUACAGCGGUUCUUGGUGGAGUCUCAUGGCAGCCAACAAAUGGAACCUUCAUGAGUGUAUUCCUCAUUGUUUUACCAUUGGAAUCCUUAGCUCAUGGCCUUUUCCAUGAAUUGGGUAAUUGUUUAGGAGGAACAUGUGUAGGAUAUGCCAUUGUAAUUCCUACAAAUUACUGCAGUCCCGAUGGUCAGCCUACACUCCUCCCUCCUGAGCAUGUGCAGGAGUUGAAUUUGCGUUCCACAGCCACGUUAAGUUCUGUCCAACGAUUUUUUGCCUAUCACAUGAUAGAGACUUAUGGCUGCGACUACUCCACCAGUGGCUUUUCUUUCGACACUCUGCAGUCUAAAGUAAAAGCAUUUCUUGAUCUGCGUACAGCUGAUGGACCCAGACAUGACACCUACAUACUUUAUUAUAGUGGACAUUCUCACAGCUCUGGAGAAUGGGCAUUAUCAGGAGGAGAAACCUUGAGGCUGGAGACAAUCUUGGAAUGGUGGAAAGAGAAGAACUCUGACUUCUGCUCCCGUCUGAUAAUUGUUCUGGACUGUGAGAAUGCUCUUCCAUGGGUUAAAGAUGUAAGAAGAGUCAGUGAUAUUUUUGUUGCUGUGCAAGGUGCCAAACUGGCCAAACAAGUGAAUAUAGAGGAGGCAGACCUUCCACAGCUAGGUGACUUUACUAAAGACUGGGUAGAAUAUAAUUGCAACCUUGACAACAACAUUAGUUGGUCAGAUAAAGGAAGAACAGUAACAGCUGUGUAUGGUAUAUCUAAAUCAUGGAGUGACUACACUCUUCAUUUACCAACCGGAAGUGAUGUUGCCAAGCACUGGAUGAUUUACUUUCCUCGCAUCACUUAUCCUCUCGUACAUCUGGCAGACUGGUGUGGUGGAUUGAACCUUUUUUGGAUGUGUAAUGUAUGCUUUAGAUGUUUCAAAAGGUUGAAGAUGAGAUGGUUUCCACCCACAGUUCUGGACACAGGACAGGGAUUUAAACUUGUGAAAUCAUGAAAUGUUAUCUUCAUGUGUCAAGUACUUAGGACUUCGUAUUGCACUCACAGGCAUCUUUCCAAAGAUUUUGGUGUAAAGGUUUGUAAACGUUAAUGGACUAUAAAUGCAAAAAAGCUACUGGUUUAUCCAAGGUUGCAUUUCUUAAAUCCAGAUAUCAGGGUUCAUCAAGAUGUAACAUUUUUUAUAUUAAAAUGCACUGAGUUCAAAUCCACUAACAAGUAAUGUUUUGACAGCAAUUCGACAUUGGUUUAAAAUGUUCAUUAUGUAAAGAAGUUUGGCUGCCAGGUACUGAACAUGCCAACCAUAAAUUCUUAUAAAGUAUUUCAAAAUAUUACUUGCAUCCCCAACUUCAAUCUGGUGUUCAAGUGCUUAUUCUGCAUAAUAGGCCUUAAAUCUGAUUGUCCAGUUUUAUAUUAUGUCUUGCUCUCACUAACUUACUUCUGGAUACCAAAUAAUAACGAGGAAAGCAAUUACAAUCAACAGUAAUGUUAAUACACAACCCUUGAGAAACCAAUGUGUUAUCAAAAUUUGAAGAUUGCGUCUGCUUCUUGUCCUAUGGAAGAUCUGGUUUGUAAAUAUUUCUAUUUUAAUGCUAAUUGUACAGCAUUCUUCAUUGUCCACUGAUAUAAUUAAUUCAAUAGUUGAGAGCUUUUUAAAAAAAAAGUGACUGUUCAGUUUAAGGUCCGUUAUGCUAUGCUAAGUUUUUUAAAACUAAAUUUUAUAAUAAAUUCCACUAGCCACCAGGAUUCAAAUAUAACCACAAAUAGUUGGGACUUCCUUAAUUCCAUAUGCAAUACCACAUUGAUAUUGCUGAGUUCAUUAUCAAAACAUUAUCUUGUACGUGACUAUGCAUUGUAUAUGAAAGUAACAGGGCAUUCUUUUAAAAGCCACCUGGUAUCUCAACUUUUGUUUAUAGUAACGCCAUUUCGAAAUAAAUGUUAUUUCUACUUUUGUAAAAAAAUCUUUUCAAUUGAUCUUAUUUGCAUGUAAUUACUUUUGUUCAUUCAUAAAUCAAAAGGAGAUCUGAAUGGCUUAAUUGUAUCCUAUGAUAAAUUACAUUUUAUCUUGCACUCUAUUGAUAUGUCACAUAUUUAUUUUAUGCCUGGCACAUACAUUACUGUUUGAGAAUUUAUUUAAAUAGUUAUGUUAUAGUGCUUUUAUUACAUGUUUAAUUUCAUUGUUCUAAGUUCCCUAUUAAAUGAACUAAUAAACCAUAAUCGUUUCAACUAUACACAUCAAAUCACUUCAUUUUAAUAUUUUAUGGAUUUGGCUAUAGUUCACUUAAGAAACAAAUUGUUUCAGGUCUUUAAGGGCUGGUUAUACAGUGCAGCUGAGUUUGCAGCAUCUGCAGAUCUGGAGGGGAGGUGUGACACAGAAGAUUUUGAUAAUAAAAUGUUAUAUUGCACCUAACUUUUAGGAAUAUGCUUGAUAAUCUCUUAUUUUGCCCGUAUCUUUCCUCUCCCAAAGGCAGUACUUCAUGAUUGUCACUGUACUAUUUUUAACUUCUGGACUGUGGCUGCACACAUGGUCCACAUUCCCAGUUCUUGGCUCUGCUGCACACCUGGCCCACUUAAUUCCAACCACUGCUUCCAGACAGUGAGACCUGUUAUGAGGUCAGGAUUGGGAAUUGAGCUAGAGAUGGGAGGCAUUGUGACAGGUGGGUGAGAGAGGCUGUGGACAAGGACUCCAGUAUGUCUGUCGUGUCUGCCCAUCAAUGUGUGAGCAUUAAUGUCUAUGCAGCAGGGCCUGGUCUCCAGUUGUCUUGGUGCCCUUGCCACCUAAUCAAGACCCAGUCCAUCAAUAUGGGAAAAUAACCCACACACAAGCAAGUUCCACACUCCAGUCCCACCAGAGACAGACCUGAAUGCUGCUCUGCUACCAUCAAUCAGUAAGUGAGACACUGACAUGACAUUACUGCCCUACGUGAGACACAGCAGGUAGGACAAACUAAUUCAUCUGGGUGACUUCAAUGCCAGGGUGGGAAAAGAUGCAAUUCUGGCAAGGCAGGAUCAGCAAGGCAGCUUCAGGAAAGACAAACUCUCCCAGAGUCAUUUUAUACAAGGCUGACUGGUCAAGUUGCAGCCAUCUGUAUUCAGUAUCAAAUUUAACAACUUAAGAUAGUUUUCUCUGCAUCAGAAUUGGUCAGUUCUUCUGUAGGCCAUUCAUGUGUAACAUUGACUUAGUUUUUCCACUCUUCACCAGUGUGACCUGACCCACUGGGCAUUUCCCACAUCUCUCCCUUUCCCUCAAAUAACUUCAACAGCUUAUUACCAUGGCAAGCCUGGUCUCACCCUGGAGGUAUUCCCAGAUUUUCUCCAUCCCUCCCCCCACCUUCUCUGCAAUUUGAAGCUAACUUGCCCCAUUUCUGACAAAAUGUUUUCAACUUGAAGCAUUUACUUUGUUUCUCUUUCCAGCAUCUACAAUC